AUGAGACUGUUCCCGCUUGUUGCGCUCAUUUGCUCGUUUCUCCUUGCUGUCCACGCACAGGCUCCUCCACAAAGCUGGGAGAACGUGAAGUAUGAGAGACUCGUCGACGUGCUCAAGUCUUACGUCAAGGAACGCCAUGUCAUCCAUGCCCGAAACAUAGCCCCGGAACCCACCAGCGAGUACUACUUUGCCGUUCCUGGCUUUGUCAGGGAUGACGUUGCUCUGUUUAUUGCCACUUUGGAGGUGCCUAGACAGCAGGAUCCACUGCUCCAGGCCCAACGUGUGCCUGAACUAUCGUCGCCGGAUGUUGUCUACUACAAAAUAGAAUUGCCGUAUCCAAUUGCGCCAAAAUCGCAGAUCCACAUCACAGUGUCGUACGUGCUGACCAACCAGCUCGAGCCGGCUCCAGAAAAAGGCCCUAUGGGUGCCGAACAGCGACUUUUCUUCAAGACUACCAAACUUGCGCUCUCGGCCUACGAUACCCUGAGCUACGAGCUCAAGAUCCUCGGGGCCAACAAGCCUCAGGAAAUGACACUGGAGCUGCCAAGCGACGUCGAUCCAGAAGAGUUCAAAGCCUCAGGCAGAGACCCGUUCCUGGUGUACGGACCGUACCAAAAAACAUUCAAGCCUUUGAGUAACCUGCCAUUGGCGCUCAUUUUCACCAAAAACCAGCCCUUGCCGUUCGUCAAUUUGCUCAAGAGAGAUAUCUGGGUGUCGCACUGGAGCGACUCGCUGCAAUUGGAGGAGUACUACGAGCUCACAAACAAGGGUAUCCAGCUGGACAAGGGCUUCUCCAGAGUGGACUGGAUGAAUGGGAGAUACACAAUGAGGCCUUCUCCAGUCAUCACAUCGAUCCAGAUUCCACUCCCGAAGGUUGAGACGUCGGAGGUGUAUUUCGUGGACAAGGUCGGAAACGUGAGCACCUCGCUGUUCCACAACAACGAGCUCGUGCUCAAGCCGAGAUUUCCUAUUUUUGGAGGCUGGAACUACAACUUCACCGUCGGCUGGACCAGUCCACUGUCGAAGUUUUUAAAAAGCGAGGGCGACCUCCACGUGCUUCGUGUGCCGCUACUGGACGGUCUGAACGAUGCUACCUACGACAGAGUCGAAAUCUCGUUCUUCCUGCCGGAAGGCGCCAAGUUUGUCGGGUUCGACGACAUCCUGAACCUCAAGGAGUGGAAGAUCGACCACAAGUUUUCGUACCUCGACAUUACGACCGGCCACACGCAGGUCACUUUUGUGCUUGAGAACCUGGUGGACGAGAUGAGAAACGUGGACAUCCUGAUCGAAUACGAGUACGGGCUAGCCGGCAUGCUGCGCAAACCGGUCACCGCGGCUGUCUACAUUUUUGGCGCUCUGCUGGGCCUGUUUUUGCUCCGUAAAAUCGACCUCUCUAUCAAGCCAUCCGCAUAA